AUGGCGGAACAUGUUGAGGCUGCAAAGCAGGCAUGGCACCAAGCUCAAAAGCUUCGGAAGCACCUGCAGAAGGAGGUGGACAAGCUCAAGGGCGAUGCCGACGGCAAUGAGCUGAAGCAUUUCGAGGUCCUGGAGAGCGUCAUUUCCAACCUCCGACUAGCCUGCCUCCAUGUCAUAUUCCAUGACUUCGAAUACUCCGCGAUCGAAAAGGUGGAAGCCAACCUCUGGCAGGCCCACGGCCUUGUCAAUGCCGAAUAUCGAAAGGUUCUGGGCAAGCUGAGAUCGUCACAACUUGCCGUCCAGAAGCGCAAGUUGGACAGGAUGUACAGCGGCUUCCUCAAGACGGCGCAAAAGUUCUACGUGGCUUUCGUCCAGCGCAUGUCAGCCGUCUACCCGAUUCCCGAGCUUCAGCGCAUUGCCGAGGGCAUCAAGGCCGAAAAGUUGGCAGAGGAGAACCCCAUGGCCAACACUACGCCUGCCGUUCGCCAGAUUAUCCUCAAAUACGUUCAUCUGGUGCUCAUCCACCUCGGCGACCUUUCUCGAUACCGGAUGCAGGCGCGACACAAGGUCCCGAGCUACGAAGCUGCCUUGACAUACUACUCUCUCGCCCACGACAUCCUUCCCAAUUCCGGCUUUGCCCACCACCAGAUGGGCAUCAUCUACUUGGAUGAGAGAAAACACCUGGAUAUCAUAUAUCACUUCUACCGCGCCAUGGCAAUUCAAGACCCUCAUCCAAUGGCGGCACAGAACCUUGAAUCGGAACUGAAGAGCCUCUCAGCGCCAACCACGCCGGCCCGUCGCACAGGUCCUCCUGACCCUCAAGAGGCCUUUGUUACCUGGUUCGUAAAGCUGCAUUCACACUUCAGCAAAGGAGAGCCGUUCCCUCAACAUGAGGGGCUUGAAAAGGAAGUCAUCAACCAUCUCGAGAUGGCCAUCAAGGCUCCAAACACUCAGCCAAUUCUUUUGAAGAUGGUCUUGCUCAACAUGUCUGCAUUCUAUGUCUACAACAACAAGGCGAAAGCAGGCGACUGGGCCACUGCUGCGUUCCGAACCUCUCAGUUCCUUCUUCGCCUGAACGCUCGAUUCUUCAUGACGUUUUGCAAGUUCCUCAAGAGGGAAAUGGAGAGACUCAUUGAGCAACAAGCAAACGGCGAACAAGAGAGCGCUGAAGACCAAGCAACUGCGAUGACGGAGAACACUCUCCCCUUUGUGCGCCUAUAUGCGGCUUGGCUUGUGGCAUGCCGUGUUGAGAUCGUGAACGCUCAAGAAGCCCCUGAGCUGUCCAUCAAUGACAUGUACACAGGGUUCGCCAAGGCACUCACUUCUCUCUGUGAGAUGUAUGGCAACGAGGAUCUCAAACUCACUCCAUACUUGCUCCCAGAGGACCAGGAAGCCAUAGGAAUGCUCCCUCUCUGCGACAAAAGAUUGCCGGAUAGUUGCCGUCUUAACUAUGAUGAGGAUACUGGAAGUCUGAAGCCUCAAAUCCAGCACUAUGGCGGCCAGCGUUUCAGCCCUCUGCAAGAGAUCUUCUCUAGGGUGUUGCAAACGAUCAAGUGUGGUUUCUUCCUCGCCAAUGAUGAAACCAACUUUCCGUUCUCCUACACUUCAUCGCCAAGGGGGCUUACUUUCAAGUACGAGGAAAGCUACACGCCAAAGUCUUCAGCAGUCGCAACAGCUUCCCAGCCUCCAGUGGAGCAAAGCUCUGCCGCGGAAGUUCCAGCGGCGAAACGCAAGGAUUCACGGCGGCCAGGCCCUGUUAGAAACGCGACCCCGACUGCUGCAUUGCCUACAGCGCCUCAAGCGGCUGCUCCGCCGCAGGUGCAGUCGCACCCAACUCCCGGACGCAGCAAAGGGCAGGGCCAGUCAGACUACGACUUCCUGAGUUCUGACGCUGAUAUGCUUCACAUGGUUAAUGACUUUCUGAUGCCUCCGCAGGCUCACGCCUCUCCCGCAGGGAGCCACGAGGACACCUCGUACGGAAUGAAUUCAGCCAUGGCCAACGAGGUAUUUGGUGUGCCCCCGACCAACAGCCCGCCCGCUCUCGGAUCCGCCACAGCAAAGACAUUCCCGAGCCUUCCCUGGAACAUGAUCUACACCCCAACUCCCCAGGGUAAGAACCAAGAGCUGACGCCACCAGACUGUGCCAUCAGGGAUGCUGCUAGAAGAUCAUUCGAUGGCACUGCUGGCAUGCAGAGGACUGGCCAGCCCUCGGGUACCCCGAGGCUUGACGAUCCAUUCGGAGAAGCACGAGAGAACCUGUAUAUGGCUCGGCAGCAACAACGUCCGUAUGCUAGUACACCCGACAUAAGUGCUCACCAGGACCGCCUUCUGCAGGCCUUUGGCAGGCAACCCACCGACUCGAGAUCCUUGAGCCGGGAUUUUUCAGGAUCAGGAGGAUACGGACUGUGGCCGAGCCCGUACGCGGAAGUCAACCCCAAUGCUCUGCAGCCGAGAGCGGCAGCCGCCCACGCCCGUUCGUUGAGCGGAUCUCGUCCUCAAUUCCCCCAGAGCCCCAACAUGCCUGUGAGCGGAGAGAGCUUCUCGCCGGCGUCGGGCACUCAGUUCUCCAACGUCAGCAGCAUCUACCAGAGCACGCCGUGCAACGGUAUCGCGUACACCGCGACUACUGCGUUUGGACGAGGCCCCAUCGCUGACAUGCACGAGGAUCCCACGCACUACAAGAACAUGGUCAGACAGAACGGAGGUGCCGCUACUGACGGAUACACGGCCGGAUACAACGACAUGAUUCUCCAGUCGGCCAUGGCUGACGAAGUCAAGCGUGCUCCGGGCCGGAACAUGCGUCGUUGA